AAACCCAAACAAACGCGGCCAGGCCAACGAGCGAGUUCGACCGGCUCCACCGCUCCCUCCCUCCCCUCCCUCUGGCCGCAGGCGCGCCCCGUCGCCAUGACCGCGAGCGAAUCCGCCACCACCACCAUCUGACAAAGGUUGGCUACAGAAAUAGGAGGAGAAUAGAAUAUCCGCCCCAUAUAAUCGUCCCCACGUCGCCGUGCUCGUUCUGCGCGUCCACCAGCCCCCCAACCCGAGCCAGCGCGACGAAGCCGGGGGGCGAUCGCUCCAGCGCCGCCGGCGAUCUCACCCCCCGGGAGCCGCCGGCGGUACCCCCACCCUUCCGCCGCCUCGCCGAUCCCCUCAGGUCUAAGUAGUUUGUUUGGUUCUGUGAGUUAUCCAAGGUUGCACUGCAAAGAUGAGUACCGCUAAUCGUUAUCAACACAUCAAGUCAACCAAGCCUGUUGUAGGCAAAGCAAAAAAAUUGAAGGAUCUCAUGAUAAAAAGUGACAAUAGGAUAUGUGCUGAUUGUGGCGCACCUGAUCCCAAAUGGGCGUCUGCUACUAUUGGAGUAUUUCUUUGCUUAAAGUGUGGAGAUGUUCAUAGGGCACUUGGACCUGACAUUUCAAAGGUUUUAUCUGUAACUUUGGAUGAUUGGUCCGAUAGUGAUAUUGACUCUAUGCUUGAGGUUGGUGGAAACUCAUAUGCAAAUUCAAUUUAUGAGGCUUUUCUUCCAAAAAAUCACCCAAAACCUAAACCAGAUUCGACGAUGGAGUAUAGAACAAAAUUUAUAAGAGCUAAGUAUGAGACUCAAGAUUUUUUGAAGCCAAGUUUGCGCAUUUCUUCAAGAUCAUCUUUUAAAUCUACCACUUCUACAAAGAGUGUGGAUAGCAGUUUCUCUAGCACUUCAAGAAAGGAUGUCUUUGAAGAUACGAGAGAAUUUGUUGGUGAGCUGAACAUUACCGUGGUGAAAGGUACUAACUUGGCCGUCCGAGAUAUGCUAACAAGUGAUCCAUAUGUUAUUUUAUCACUUGGAGCGCAGAGAGAUCAAACGACGGUUAAACCGAGUGAUCUGAAUCCAGUAUGGAAUGAGGUGCUUAAGAUAUCUGUACCUCGAAAUCAUGGACCUCUAAAACUCGAAGUGUAUGACCAUGAUACGUUCUCUGCCGAUGAUAUCAUGGGUGAAGCAGAGAUAGAUCUCCAGCCAAUGAUCACAGCUGUCAUGGCCUUUGGAGAUACUUCACGCCUUGGCGACAUGCAGAUUGGAAGGUGGUUCAUGACCAAAGACAACGCCCUGGUUAAAGAUAGCACUGUCAAUGUUGUGGGGGGCAAGGUAAAACAGGAGGUGCACCUAAAGCUGCAGAACGUAGAAUCAGGUGAGUUGGAGUUAGAACUGGAAUGGGUCCCGAUCUAGACUACCAAUGAUACCUUACCUGAUCGUUGUCUAAAAGCCUACCCUCAAGAUGCAUCGAUAUUCUUCACUUGAGCUGAAUGCCUUGAAAGCUAUCCACUUGCUGGUUUUGGACCUUUAUGCUGGAUGGCUUGGAUCUGUAAAAAUGUCAUUGUAGAAUAUCCUGGUGUAACUGUUGGAUAUACUCGCGGCCUUUCAUUUUUUUUUCUUUGGUCACUCGUUAUGCCUUGUAAGUACUCUCGAUUGUGGUUGUAUUGUCCCAUUGAAAGGACUUGUGUGUUAUAAGAGAUGACAAUUACUGGUAGUGAA